AUGGUCAACUUUAAGGUCAAAAAGACUCCGACUCGGUCGACUGAGGUCGCCAUUGCCCAGGCUGAAGCUCCGCGCCUGGAAUAUGUCAACUGGCGGAAGGAUCCUGGUUUGAGGAAGCUAUAUGCCUAUGCUGCUGUUAUCUGCGUUGCCUCUGCCACAACUGGUUAUGAUGGGUCUAUGCUCAAUAAUAUUCGUAUCUUGCCACAAUGGACCAAUUACUUUAAUGACCCUCAAGGCUCCAAUCUCGGUCUCCUCACUGCGCUUUACAGCAUCGGCUCUAUCGCUAGCUUGCCAUUCGCACCGUUCAUCGCUGAUCGUUUUGGCCGAAAGACUGCUAUCAUCGUUGGGUGUGUCAUCAUGCUUAUUGCUGCAGCGAUUCAGGGAGCUUCACAAAAUCUGGCCAUGUUCAAAGGAGGCCGAUUCCUUAUGGGUUUUGGCAACUCUAUGGCUCAACUCUCCAGUCCCUUGUUGUUGACUGAGAUUUGCCACCCUCAGCAUAGAGGCCGCGUCACCGCCAUCUACAACUGUCUGUGGAAUUUGGGAGCCAUUGUCAAUACUUGGCUAUCAUUUGGAACGAAGAGGAUACCCACUGAAUGGUCUUGGCGUAUUCCCACCAUCGUCCAGGGCUUGCCUUCACUUAUCCAGCUUCUCUUCAUCUUCUGGUGCCCAGAGAGCCCUAGGUGGCUCAUUUCCAAGGAUCGCACCGACGAAGCUUUGGCAAUACUGGGCAAAUACCACGCCAAUGGUAACACUGCUCACCCUACUGUACAGUUCGAAUAUGCCGAGAUCAAGGAAACUCUGCGUCUUGAAUUCAUAUACAAGAAGUCUUCCAGCUAUCUAGACUUCCUGAAGACCAAGGGAAAUCGUUACCGUCUUCUCCUCAUUGCCUCACUCGGACUGUUUUCACAAUGGUCUGGCAACGGUUUAGUCUCGUACUAUAGUACUGAUAUCUACAAGUCUAUCGGCAUCACCAAUGCUGACACGCAGUUGGAACUCAAUGGUGGCCAGGUGAUUCUCUCGCUAAUCAUCUCAGUCACUUGCGCGCUACUAUGCGACCGUUUCGGAAGACGUCCACUAUUUCUCACCGCUACAUCCGGCAUGCUUCUGUGCUUUAUCGGCUGGACAAUCUGCUCAGCGAUAUACCAAGACAACAACAAUAAAGCUGCAGGACAGGCCGUCGUCGCAUUCAUCUGGAUCUUCAACAGUGCAUACGCUUUGGCCUGGUCUGGUCUCCUUGUGGGAUAUACGGUAGAGAUUAUGCCGUUCAAGAUCCGCGCCAAGGGUCUAAUGGUCAUGAACUUCUGGAUUCAGGUCGCUCUCGUCAUCAAUCAGUAUGUCAAUCCUUUGGGCUUUCAGCAUUUGAACCCUAAUUGGAAGCUUUACACUAUCUACACGUGCUGGAUUGCCUUUGAACUUGUCUUCGUCUAUUUCCUCUAUGUCGAGACCAAUGGCCCUACACUGGAGGAGAUCGCCAAGAUCUUCGACGGUGAUUCAGCCGAGGUUGGCCAGGUCGAGCUCGACCAAUCUGGUAAGGUGACGACCUUUUCGGGGGUUGAGAAGGGCGAAGAUGGGACUGUCGAGCAUCGACAAGUCGUGUGA